AUGACGGAGCACCGGGUGCUGCUGGCGCAGCCGCCGGCGUGCGGGGCACCCUGGGCCCUGGCCGAUCCCCCUCCUCUCUCCCCAGUGGCACAGACGCGGUUCGUGGAGGAGCCGGAGGACCAGACGGUGGUGGCCGGCCAGAGGAUCGUCCUCUCCUGCGUGGUGCUCAAUUACUCUGGGAUCGUGCAAUGGACCAAAGACGGCCUCGCCCUGGGCAUGGGGCAGGGGCUCAAAGCCUGGCCACGCUACCGCAUCGUGGGCACGGCCGAUUCAGGCCAGUACAACCUGGAGAUCACCGACGCCGAGCUCUCCGAUGACGCUGUGUACGAGUGCCAGGCCACCGAGGCUGCGCUGCGAUCCCGCCGGGCCAAGCUCACCGUGCUGAUCCCCCCCGAGGACCCCACCAUCGACGGAGCCCCCGAGAUCCUGCUGCGCGCGGGGACGCCAUACAACCUGACCUGCCGGGCACGCAGCGCCAAGCCGGCGGCCACCAUCGUCUGGUACCGGGAUGGGCUCCAGCAGGACGGAGCCAUCACCAGCACGGAGGUGUUGGCCGACGGCAAGCGGGAGACAACCACCAGCCAGCUCGCCAUCAACCCAAGCGACCUCGACAUCGGGCGGGUGUUCUCCUGCCGCAGCACCAACGAUGCCAUCCCGGCAGGCAAGGAGACCUUCGUCAAGCUCAACGUUCACCAUCCCCCGACCGUCACCCUGUCCAUCCAGCCCCAGACGGUGCAGGAGGGCGAGAGGGUCGUGUUCACCUGCAUGGCGACCGCCAACCCCGAGAUCAAAGGCUACAGGUGGGCCAAGGGGGGGGUGAUCAUCGAGGACGCCAAGGAGAACAAGUACGACACGCAGGUGGAUUACACCUUCUUCACGGAGCCCGUCUCCUGCGAGGUGCACAACGACAUCGGCAGCACCAACGUCAGCACGCUGGUGGACGUGCACUUUGCCCCUCGGAUCGUGGUGGACCCCAAACCCACCAUCACGGACAUCGGCUCCGACGUGACGCUGACGUGCGUGUGGUCCGGCAACCCACCGCUGACCCUCACCUGGACCAAAAAGGAGUCCAACAUGGUCCUGAGCAACAGCAACCAGCUGUACCUGAAGUCCGUCACGCAAGCCGACGCGGGCCAGUACGUCUGCAAAGCCAUCGUCCCCCGCAUCGGCGUGGGCGAGCGCGAGGUCACCCUCUUCGUCAACGGACCCCCCAUCAUCUCGAGCGAGGCCGUGCAGUACGCGGUGCGCGGGGACCGCGGCAAGGUGGAGUGUUUCAUCGGCAGCACGCCGCCCCCGGACCGCAUCGCGUGGGCCUGGAAGGAGAACAUUUUGGAGGCAGGGACGCUGGAGCGGUACACGGUGGAGCGGACAAACACGGGCAGCGGGGUCCUCUCCACCCUCACCAUCAACAACGUCAUGGACGCCGACUUCCAGACCCGCUACAACUGCACGGCCUGGAACAGCUUCGGGCCGGGAACCGCCAUCAUCCAGCUGGAGGAGAAAGAGGUCUUGCCCGUGGGCAUCAUCGCCGGUGCCACCAUCGGGGCCAGCAUCCUCGUCAUCAGCUUCCUCGUCGCGCUCGCCUGCUUCCUCUACCGGCGCCGGAAAGGAAGCCGCAAGGACGUCACCCUGCGCAAGCUGGACAUCAAGGUGGAAACGGUGAACAGGGAGCCCCUGACGCUGCACGCGGACCGCGAGGAGGACACGGCCAGCGUCUCCACGGCCACCCGCGUCAUGAAGGCCAUCUACUCGUCGUUCAAGGACGACGUGGACUUGAAGCAGGACCUUCGCUGUGACACCAUUGACACCCGCGAGGAGUACGAGCUCAAGGACCCCACCAACGGCUACUACAACGUCCGCGCCCACGAGGACCGCCCAUCCUCCCGCACCGUCCUCUACGCUGACUACCGCCCCCCCACCCCAGCCUACGCUCAGCUCACCACCUACAGCCGCGGUCCGGCCUCCGACUACAACGCCGAGGCAGCACCGGGUCCUGGACCCCCUCCCGGCACGGCGGGCGCGGCGCAGCACUCGGCAAGCCAGCUCUCCUACGAGAACUACGGGAGUCACGCCGCUUUCCCGGCCGGCACCGGUUAUGCCACCUAUCGCCUGGGGUACGGUCAGCCCCCCAGCCUGGACCGGGCACCCUACGACGCCUACGACCCCAUGGGCAAGUACGCCAGCGCCACCCGCUUCUCCUACACCUCCCAGCACUCGGACUACGGGCAGCGCUUCCAGCAGCGGAUGCAGACGCAUGUUUAG